CGUAGUCAUAGUCGUUCGUUGGCAAACAUAUGAAAGUAGGAGCGCUGAACCGUUGUUUCAGUUGAGUAACGAGACGAGAACCCAACGGUAACGGUUACGGAUUAUAGAGAAGACAAAGACAAAACGACAAGAGAUUCCUCAAAUUACACACGAUGGGCGACUAUUGAAUGAAAGUGAAGACAACACAAGAGUUAUUAAAUUGUUUUGAUACUUUCGGUUGCAUUAGUGUGUGCGAGUGAUUAUGUGCAUUUAGCAAUUUGAGGUUUUUCUUUGCCCCUUAAGACAAACAAACCUACUACUACUACUACGUCCAAACGUAAUAAUUUACAAGAGCAAAAAAGCAAACGGGAGAUAAGAAUAAAAGACGCGCGCGAAUUAAGCAACAAAGAAAAUAGCAAAAACAACUAGCAAGUGAUACAAAACAUUACACCAACAUACAUAUACACACACCCAAUUGCUAAAACCCACACAGAACAGCCAGCUAGGCACUUGCAGCCACAGUAACAGCAGCGACAUCGAUGCAUGGACCAAUGCGUGUUUGUUAAGGGAAAGGAGUUUUGGGUUGCACGCCAUCUAACCACGAGAAUAGUUAAGGGUCGCGUGAAGACGAGCUAAAGCAAAACUAACGGUAACUAUUACAACUUCGUACAAGCAUAGGAUUGUUCAACAAAUCACUACUGUUUUUAUCUCCUGUGCUAGUGAGUGCAGUUUUUCUAAGAUUGUCUAUCCGUCUGCAUGGUUGGUUGUUGGUUUGUGCGUGAGUGUGUGUGUGUGUGUCAGUGACUUGCAACGCAAUACCAAACGGAAAACGGAAGUGCUUCGCCAUUCCUCAAAGUUUUGAACGGAAAACGCAUCGCUUCUCCUGGCCGUGUGAUUCUGCUACAGCAACAACCGCUGCUAUUUGAGUUCACUCGACCGUGGAGUUGUAUUUGAAUUUCGCUGCUUUUUGAUUUUCCUCGCGCGCGUUUUCAUGUGUGUGUUUGUUGAGUAAGUGGUUUGUUGGGUGCUUCAUGUGCACUCAUAUCAACAACAGGCAAAUUAAAUUUUAUUAUGUGCCAUGUUUAAGUGUUUGAUUCGUACACAUCGAAAUUAAAUUAUACACACACACAUCAGUUUUUUGUUGAUGAUGUUGUGAAGAUCCCUUAGUACGGUGUUUUUUAAUAUUAGCACAGAGAUUAUCUUGGGCAAUCACUUGUUCGAGACAACGAACUACACAAAGGGCUAUAUAUACGUCUGGUACAUAAAUGGCCGAAACACAUUUAGCCGCAAUUAAAAUCAAAUUAAAUUUGCUGUGAAAACAUACUCUCAACUCUGUUAUUACAAGCAGUUUGGGUUUUAAUUAAAAACUCAUGUGAUUCACAAAGUUGGAUAAAUAUUUGUAUUGAAAUUAGCAAAGCCAAACAUUUGCCUCACACACAAACAAACAAACUGGGCUGCUGCCAGUAUCAUAUCCGGUACAAACUAUCCUUGCAGGCUAUCUGGGAAACUACGAUGCGAAUCGAAUGAAUUGAAAAUAAUUUGCAAUUGGGCCGCAACCAGAAAACAAAAAAAGUUUGGACUAAAGGCCGAUCCCAGAAAAUAUCGAAGGAAGGUCACAUACGAGUAUAGUCAAAGAUAGCAUAGAAGAGUGAACAAUGGAAAAACUUAAAGUGCAUAGAGGGAAAUGGAGGCAACAUUGCCGCUAUGGCAACCUCAAGAAUUAUGCAGCCUUCAUAAUUGCAACGAUUUUUGUUGUGAUUAUGGCAUGUGCAAAAAGUGCACACCUAAAUGUCAACACACUGUCGUUGGCGGCUGUCACAGGCUCAUCGCCACUAAGAGCAACGGCAAAGCCAGUGCAGCAGAACUCAUCAUCAGCCUCCCCAUUGUCUUUGUCAAAAUUGGAGCAAAUACCAUUAACAGUCCUGGAAUUACAGGAAACGCCUAGGCCACAAUCGCCUCAGCACAUGCCAUUGGCUGCCCCUGCAACAGCCACACGAAAUGCCUUAAAUACUGCCGCCGCCAUCGAUAACGAAGAAGAAGAAGGAGAAAACGAGGCAAAUUCAUUGCUGCCGCCCAUAACGGCAUCAGCAAUGCAACAGCAGGACGAAUUGUUAGAGCGGCAGGGCCAGUUAGCAGAGUUCUAUUCAUUACAAAAUAUUCAACAGCAAAAUCAUCCGCAUUCCGGUCAUCAGUAUCACCAACACCAACACCAGCAUCACUAUCAUCACCACUACAGCCAACAGCAAGAGACAAACCUGCAGCCUGACGAUAAUGAAAGCCAAGAACAUAAACAUAACCCACAAAGCAGCAACCAUCAUAACCAUCAGCACGAGCAUCAUCGCCAUAGCCAUCAUAGCCAUCACAACCACCGCCACCUGCAGCUGGAGCCCAACCAAAUCGAAGAAGAAGGUGUUGGAGGCGAUAAUCAUCAGAGGAUGGUUGAGGAUAAAAUUUCCCUCAUUACCGAGCAUCAUGAAGAGCCACAGCAGCCGCAUCACCGAAAUUAUGCCAACGAAGGCAAAAAUUCUAAUCAAGCGUCCCUGAAUGGCCACUCACAUCGCAGUCGAUAUUCCAUUGAGGAUUUGUUGCACAAUAAAUUCGAGAAGAAGGUAUCCAAUGACAUUUAUAUGGAUCCUUGUAAAGCCGGUGGCUUUAUGGGUGAUAUUGCUUUGCCCGAUGUUCAAUAUGAUGAUGACUAUCCCUUGGUGGCAUACACCCAAAUGUGGGAGGAACUGCCACAGUCUGAUGCCCCCAUCAACGAUGCGCCCAUGAAGUUCAAUGACACAUUCCAGAAAGAGAUGGAAAUACUGAAACAAGAGGUUUACAAUGAGGGCCUCCAGGUGGAGGAGGAAGGACUCACUGAUAUUAUUCGGCGCAAGACCAAAUUGCCCAGUAGUAAAUCGGAUUUCAAUAUGGAUCCUUUGCAGUCAGCAAAUGAGUUGAUCAAACCCAAAAAUAAUCUCAACUAUGAUCCUAUUAAUUACAAGAACGAUGUCAUUAGCUCAGAGGAUCAUGAGGCUAGAAAAUAUUCCAUGAGCCUACCCACCAAAGCCAAUGGCAUGCCAACCGAGGAUAUCUAUCUCAGCAAAGGUUCAGUGGAUAAAGGGUUCAAUAUGACGAAGGAUAAAUUCGAUACAUCUUUGGCACACAAUGAGAAAAGCCUCACCGAGGCGGAAAAAUAUAAUAAAACAACACCUGGCAUGUUAAAUCGUAAUGUGGAUCAACGUAAAAUUCAAUCAAAUACCAAAGAUAUUGAAUUGGAUACGGGCAAUAAUUUUGUUUCCGAGCGUAAAAUUGUAAUACUGCCCACGGCCUUGCCAGCCCAGCGUUCUACAUUGCCAAAUGUUUAUAGUAAUGCUGGAGGAAAUGGCAUGAAAUUAGAUGACAUUCAAGAGUUAAAGGGAAGCAGCACCAUUAUAAAGAGAAGAAAUAGAAGAGGACGAAAGAAUCGUCGCAGCUUCAAUCAACACAGCCGUUUAGAUUAUAACUUAAGAAUGCAAAAAUUGAAAGAAGAACUCAUGCGACCUGUGGGGGAGGGAAAGAAACAACAUCAUCAUCAUCACCAUCAACAUUAUCAACACCAAGAAAAGCCACAUCAUCAGGACCAGCAAGAGCCCAACAAAAAGUUCACAGAGAAAAUCUCCAAUAAUGUGACAGAUAAUGAGACCAUGAAUGAUGACAUGAGAUAUUCGAAAUUUGGCGAUAUGUUCUCGGAUAUCGAAACGGAGGAUGAAGUCAGGCAUGGGGCAGAUAUUGUACCUGCUUAUGAGGCAGAAGAAAAUGAUGAAUUUAGUUUUGUUCGAGAACAUCGUCGACUACCUCGUGCGGUAACGGCCAAAAAGGAACGCGUUUGGGACUAUGGAGUGAUACCCUAUGAAAUCGAUGGUAAUUUCAGUGGCCUACACAAGGCUCUAUUCAAACAGGCCAUGCGUCACUGGGAAAACUCCACUUGUAUUAAGUUUGUGGAGCGUGAACCUGAGCAUCAUUCCAACUACAUUGUAUUUACCAUACGUGGAUGCGGCUGCUGUUCAUUUGUUGGCAAGCGAGGCAAUGGACCACAGGCUAUUUCCAUUGGCCGCAAUUGUGAUAAAUUUGGCAUUGUUGUUCAUGAACUCGGUCAUGUUGUGGGCUUUUGGCAUGAGCACACUCGGCCGGAUCGCGAGAAGCACGUUAUCAUUGAGCACAACAACAUCAUGAAGGGUCAGGACUACAAUUUCAAUAAAUUAACGCCAGAUGAAGUUGACUCGUUGGGCAUGGCCUACGACUAUGACUCGAUAAUGCAUUAUGCACGCAAUACCUUCUCUAAAGGGACCUAUCUGGACACGAUACUGCCCAUCGAAGUCAAGGGACGCAAGCGACCGGAAAUUGGCCAGCGUUUGCGUUUGAGUGCUGGUGAUAUAGCCCAGGCGAAUUUGCUGUAUAAAUGUCCGAAAUGUGGUCGCACCUUCCAGGAGAAUACGGGAAUUUUUGCCAGUCCCUCGUACUAUACGGCCGGUGCAUUGAGCAACGAAACGGAACAUUGUGAGUGGCGCAUAACGGCCACACAUGGCGAGCGAGUGGUUUUGAAAUUGGAAAAUUUGAACAUUUUCAAAUCGGAAAACUGCCAAUCAGAUUAUUUGGAAAUUCGCGAUGGUUACUGGCAUCAAUCACCUUUAAUAGCUCGCUUCUGUGGCAAAGUUAAUAGCGAAACAUUGACAACCGUUUCCAGCCGGAUGUUGUUGACCUAUGUCAACACCCAUCGCACCGAGGGUUAUCGUGGAUUUAAAGCAGAAUUUGAUGUUAUAUGCGGUGGCGAAUUGAAUAUCGAUGAUACUGAAGGGCGAUUGGAAUCACCCAAUUACCCUUUGGAAUAUCUACCAAAUAAGGAGUGUAUUUGGAAAAUCACUGUACCCAAAGGAUAUCAAGUGGCUUUGAAAUUCCAGUCUUUCGAAGUCGAGAAUCACGACAGCUGUGUUUAUGACUAUGUGGAAAUUAGGGAUGGACCCACCCAAGAUUCACCCUUGAUUGGAGUAUUUUGUGGCUAUAAACCACCGCCCAAUAUGAAGUCCAUUGGUGACUCGAUGUUUGUAAAAUUCGUUUCGGAUACUUCGGUGCAGAAACCUGGUUUCUCGGCCACUUUCAUGAAGGAGGUGGACGAGUGUGAAACCCAAAAUCAUGGAUGUGAGCAUGAGUGCAUCAACACCCUGGGCGGCUAUGAGUGCAGUUGUCACAUUGGCUAUGAGCUGCACAGUGACAAGAAGCAUUGUGAAGAUGCCUGUGGUGGAGUCAUUGAAUAUCCCAAUGGCACCAUUACCUCGCCCUCAUUCCCCGACACCUAUCCCUUCCUCAAGGAUUGUAUUUGGGAAAUUAUAGCACCACCUAAGCACAAAAUCUCUUUGAAUUUCACACAUUUCGAUUUGGAGGGAGCAACUCAUCAUCAAUCGGAGUGUGGUUAUGACAAAGUGACGAUCUAUUCGAAAUUAGGAGAUGAUCGCCUAAAGAAAAUAGGCAGCUUUUGUGGUAGUUCCAUACCGCCAACAGCCACAUCGGAAGAAAAUGCUUUGCGUGUGGAAUUCCAUUCCGACAAAUCUAUACAAAAAUCUGGAUUUGCAGCAGUUUUCUUUACCGACAUUGAUGAGUGCUCCAUAAAUAAUGGAGGCUGCCAGCAUGAGUGUCGCAACACAAUAGGCUCGUACAUGUGCUCAUGCCACAAUGGUUAUUCGUUGCAUGAAAAUGGUCAUGAUUGUAAGGAGGGCGAGUGUAAACAUGAGAUAUCGGCCCCAUUCGGUACAAUAUACAGUCCCAAUUAUCCUGACCUGUAUCCUCCGAAUGCCGAUUGCGUUUGGCAUUUCUCCACAACGCCAGGACAUCGCAUCAAAUUGAUAUUCAAUGAAUUCAAAGUGGAAUCACAUCAGGAAUGCGCUUACGAUAAUGUGGCCAUUUACGAUGGUGACUCGGAAAGUAGUUCCCUUUUGGGGCGCUUCUGUGGCGAAAAGAUACCCUAUCCCAUAUCCUCUUCAACUAAUCAGCUGUACAUGGUUCUGAAAACUGAUAAAAAUAAGCAACACAGCGGUUUCACCGCCGUCCAUUCCACAUCUUGCGGAGGUUACUUGCGUGCCACCAAUCAGGUACAGCAAUUCUAUUCUCACUCGCGCUUUGGCAAUUUAAACUAUGACAUCAAUAUGGAUUGUGAGUGGACCAUUCAGGCUUCACCUAAUAGCUACGUUCAAUUGAUAUUCUUAACCUUCGAUUUGGAGAGUAGCGAAAAUUGCACUUAUGACUACGUUCAGGUCUUUUCGGGCAUGGAGGAGAACAGUGGUCCAAUGUAUGGUCAAUAUUGUGGCAAUACGAUACCCCAAGACAUUAUAUCCUUGACCGAUUCCCUGUUGGUGCGCUUUAAGACAGACAGCAGCGUCAUAUUGAAGGGCUUUUCGGCCUCCUACGUUGCCGUGAAUCCGUUCGACAAUAGUGAUGAGGAUGCCAAUUCAUAUAGUUCAGAACUGGCUACACCGUUUCCGGGUUCGCUGAAAUCAAUCUAUAAAGAAGAAGAUUCACAGGAAACCGAUGAUUACAAUGAUUUCAAUGACAACCAACUGAAUGUCAAUAGUCCUUAUUACAAUCGCAAUCGAUAUCAAAAUAGAUUUUAAUUACAGCAGAACAAAAAAAUAUUUACCCAUAAUGAAAUCAUAAAAACUUUGAAAUUCUAAUUGAAACUUAAGAGAGAAAAAAUCAAGUAAACUCUUUGACAAUAUAUAAGAAUGACUUUAUUUAAUAAUUUUUCUUAAAACAAAAACCAAAAAGAAAAACCCAAGUAAACCAAACAUAUUCAUUGAUUUAUACAAAAAACACAAACACAAACAUAUUUUACAUUAAGCAUAUCACCCAGAUCCCAAAACUAAGAGAGAAGACGGAUCAAUCACAAAUCAAACAAACCAAGGACGUACUGAAAGACAAUGGGUCUGUGAGUUGGACGAAAUGUUGUUAGAAAAUGCAUGUUUUUCGUUUCAUUACAUAUCUUUCGGAAAGAGAGCAUCUGUGAGAAGAGAUCUGCUACUUGUGUAAGUACAUUUAAAUGUUUACAUGCAAAACAAAUAAACAUUUAUUAUAUAUACAUAUAUUUAAAACUAUAUACGUAUGAAAAUAAUUAAUUUUUAGUAUAUCUAUUAUUACGAUACGAUUUACUUAACAAUGAAAACCAAACAUCUUUAAUUUUAGUCUAAUAUAAACUA